AUGGAGGGUGUCGCAGCGUUAACCACGGAGGACCACGAGGCUCUGGCCGGGGUACUGCCAGGCGCGGCGUUCUUCCAAUCUGUGUUCGAUUUCGAUUUGCAUGUCGCCGGCCUCUUCAAGGCCGUUUCUGUGACAUCAAGUGAAGUGGUGUUUUCCCAGCUCGCUCUGUCCGUGGCACCGCCAGGCGUGUGGUACGCGGUCAUAAGAGGCCUCACGGACUUGGGGUUUUAUGAAGAUGCGUAUGCCACACUAGUCUCCACCCCCUAUGAGAAAUUAAAACGGGAAUGUGUGAGCCAACUGAUGUACCGGAUGUGCGAGGAUCACGCCGUCGACCGGCUCAUGGCCCUUAAUUUCACGGGCUUCGUGGAUGAGGUGGAGGAAUCGCUCUCGUUUAAGGCCCGGAACGCGGACUCGCGAUCGUCAUCCUUUUCCCAAGGGAACGUCAUUCUCAACCAUGUUUCUCGGACCUCAGCCGCCCUCACAAUGUACCAGCGGGCGCGGAAGCUCGCCAGCCUGUUCGGAGACCCGGCGAACUUCAUUGAAAUUGCCGAGCUGCAGUUUGAAACUUAUGUUGUUGGAAUGAAUGCUCUCGCACUCACUGAUCAGGAGAACGCGUGGAUCGUCCUGCCCGUCACGGCCGAAUCCGAACACGAGGAAGUUGUCAUCGUGCAGCCUUGUAAGCGUCGUAAGCUGUCGCGAUAUAUCCCGGAGGACAAGUACGGGCCCGGGAAGCGGGACAUGGAGGUGGUGGAACUGGCGGACAUGCAGUACGAGUAUACACUUUUGGCUAUCCGUCUGGAGUUAAUCCGCCGGGACCCCACACUUCUGUCGGCUGGGGAAGCGCUGGUAUCGCCUCCGUCCGUCGUAUUGCGUCUGACACAAGCGAAUCGCUUCAACAUGGCCAUGGCUACCGCACGCACACUUAACGUCGACAUAACUGAUCUCUUCGGACAUUUGACCGGCCUCUGUUUGCGCCCCUCCCGCAACCCGGAGGCUGUCAUAGGUGAAGACACGUCUGACUGGCUGCUAACUGACAAAGUGACUUCGUGGCCCGGUACGGCAGCAGACCGAGGCUGGCGAUACCUUCGAAAGUCGCUGGAGCGGCACGAUGGUCCGGAUACGGAUUACAGAUACACCAAGGUGACAUUGGACCAUCUUAGAACUCGAUCGCACAUCACCACCCCCACAAUGGUUGACUCAGUCGCGAGAGGCAAGUUUUCUACGCGCAGCCAUUGUGGGCGCAUCGCUAAUUCCCCCGCCGCAGGGGCACUGGAGCGCACGUUGUCGCUAAUGCGGAGAAGUGACGCUCACCUCGCACAGGAGAAGCCCGCGGCCGCGUCUGUGACCUGCCUACCAUAUACCUUGAUUGACCAGGUUCUCGCCGCAGUGGAUACCCAGGAGGGGUUUCUCAUCCGUGCUCAGUCUCUUCGCAAAGAAUUGCGGACAGAGAUUUCCAACCGCAUAAAACGCGUGCAAAAAUUCGGCCAGUAA